AUGCUUAUAGAAACAAUGAGUCUCUCCUGGUGUUCCACACUCUCUGCAUCUCUCUCCGGCACAAUGUUGCACAGCGCAGUCACCCAGCAACUCAUCUCUGCGUUCCUGCUGCUCUGCUCAGUCACUCUAACUUGUGGAUUUGACAUUGUCGGAACGGAAGGUCAAUCAGUUACAUUGCCAUGUACCUACAAAGUAAGCAGCACAAGUGAUCUUACUACCAUGUGCUGGGGCAAGGAUGCCUGCCCUAGUUCAAAGUGCAAUCAACCUCUCAUUUGGACCGAUGGAUAUAAAGUGACUUUUAAAUCAUCUAAUCACUAUGAGCUAAAUGGUCGAAUCACACAAGGAAUAGUGUCUCUUACCAUUAAGAGCUUAACCCUGCGAGAUCAAGGGACUUACUGCUGUCGCGUGGAGCAUCAUGGCUGGUUUAACGACAUGAAACUCAACAUCAGACUAGUGGUGAAAAAAGCCCCUGUAACUACUAAAGCAACAACAACUACAUUAAGAACUACUACUAGAACCAUAAUCACAACAGCUAAACCAACUACCAUACCAACUACCAUGCUUGUUCUGACCACUGGUAAUUUGAUAACGGAUCAUGAAGACCAUCACACCACAGGUGUUGAGCAGAGAACAGAUACCAGCCCUUACACAUCCCCUGGCAUUGCUGCACUUACCACCUUAUCCGCUCAUGCUAACCCGUCCACUCGAACAGAUGUUGUGAGUACAGAGCUUAAGUCAACUACCUCAUUGAGUUCAGAAUCUCCUACCUUACCCCCCACUUGGGUUCCACACUGCAAUGAGACCGGUCUACCUGCACACUCCAUAGAGCCGAACACUGCCUAUGAUAUAAUCACCAAGACUUAUGGAGAGUCUAGCAGAGAGGCAGAGGAGAGUGACUUACCAAACACAGAAUUUACCACCUCGGCUGUAAAUGAGAAUAGAAGUCCAAGAGAAACUACAAAAGUCAAUACCAUCUAUACAAUAGAAUCUUCAUCUUCUCCCUCUACAACACAAGUAGACAAGAUACACCCAGAGCAGGGGCCCCAGCACAACUCACAACCAGGAUCCUCGCCUCUGUCUGGAAACAUCACCAUAGUUGAAACACAGAAAGCCGGCAUUCCUCUGUAUGUCCUUAUCACCGUCAUUAGUGUAUCAGUUAUACUCGUAACAAUGGUCACACUCCUGGUGCUGAAAUUAAGAGGCAAGGGAAGCGGAGCUUAUUUUUUCCAUCAGAAUCCCAGUUUAGAGCUUGUUACGCACGCUGAUGACCUGGCUGAGGACGCACAAGAAGGAGUACCAGAAGUGAGCAAAGCAGACUGGGAAGUCACAGUUGAAACAAAUACAGAUAACGUGAAUAAUGAGCCAUAACCCAUUGCAGUUGAUCUACGAUAUCAUUUUCUAUUUUUUGUUUUAAAAUGGCUUCUGAAAGUCGGGUGCCAUUUUGCUGUAAAUAAUAUGUUUUUGACUACUAUUUCCAUAUACAAAUCAUGUAUUACAGUGUAUGCACUUUUUUUUAAUUCUCUGUAAACCUGCAGCAGUGGGAUAGUAGUGGUUAAGGAUGGGUGAAUGUUUUGCCGAGUUUCGCAGUCGAAAUGGCCCAUAGACUCCAAUGGGAGAAAAAAAUUGUCGCCUAUAAACUUUAAUACAUUACUCCCAAUAUUCACCGACAGCAAAUUUUUGGCGAAACGGGUCAGAUUCGCUCAUUCAUGGUUCCCCAUGGAACAUCCUCUUUUUUUGCAAAUCGAGGUUACAUUUGCUUUGUUUUUUUUGGGGGGGGGUUUGCAAAUGGGAUGAAAAAAAAACUUUUAGGGCAAUAAGUUCUGAACUCAUGUCAUUGUUUAGAUAUCCUGGGCCAAAUUAAGCAAUGUUUUUGUACAUUUAUCUAGCAAUUAGCAUAAUAAUUUCCCUUUGGAAGCCUCUUGGACUUAACCCUGAAGCCUUCAGUGCUGGUGGGUCAUCAAGUUGUCUGUUGGAAAAUCUAAAAUAUGUUAUGAUUUUAAGGCCGAGGCCAAAGGAAUUUGAGACUAUUGAGUUAGGUGUAGGAAUCUGAAGAGUAAUUUAAAGAAUAAGGGCAAUGGCAAAUGGGGAAAGUAAGUGCCUGCUGUUUAUUUUAAAAGUGCAAAUAUGCUGAACUUAAACACACACACAAAAACACACCUCAGUUUGUAACUUUGCCUGAAACACUACCAUCAACUAUCGGGAAAGAGUAAGUGCUUACAUUUUUACUCAAUUUGUGCAUUGAUUCAGAGGAGGGUGGUUUUAGGUAUUUGAACCUGGUGUGCCAUUCAUCUACUAAAAAAACAUAUUCCUGGUACAAUUGUCUUAUUAUUAAUUGUGUAAUUGACGCUCUAAACAAAUAAAAAGUCAUGUCCAAAGUCAAACACGAUUUAGUAGAUUUGACUAUCGCCAGUUAUAGAAGUCAUUGAAUGCUACAUUGUUCCAUAGAUACUAUAAGGAAUAUAGUUGUACUGUAUCUCUGGGAUCCAAUUUAAUCAAGCCCUAUAUAUGUGAAGCCACUGAUUCUGAAUGAAUAAAGUUGAAAACAUG